AUGUUCUUUCCAUUAAUGUAUGUAUUAUUCAUAUUUAUAUUAGUGAAUAAUUUAAUUGGAUUAGUACCAUAUAGUUUUGCAUCAACAUCUCACUUUAUAUUAACAUUCUCUAUUAGUUUUACUGUUGUUUUAGGUGCAACAAUAUUAGGUUUCCAAAGACAUGGGUUAAAAUUCUUCUCAUUAUUUGUACCUUCAGGUUGUCCUUUAGCUUUAUUACCUUUAUUAGUUUUAAUUGAAUUUAUUUCAUACUUAUCUAGAAAUGUAUCAUUAGGUUUAAGAUUAGCUGCUAACAUAUUAAGUGGUCACAUGCUUUUAAGUAUUUUAAGUGGAUUCACUUAUAAUAUUAUGACAAGUGGUAUCUUAUUCUUCUUCUUAGGUUUAAUACCUUUAGCUUUUAUUAUUGCAUUCUCUGGUUUAGAAUUAGCUAUAGCUUUUAUCCAAGCUCAAGUUUUUGUAGUUUUAGCUUGUUCAUAUAUUAAAGAUGGUUUAGACCUACAUUAA